CUCCUCGAUCCGCGCAUCCACACACCUCAAUUUUUGCAAUCUACGUCUCCGUUCCUUUUCACGGCAGUCUGUUAUGUAGCAUCUCGUCACUGGCUUCACAGGCCUAAAUUACAUCAACUCAUCUUGCGAUACGUCGAGAAGUAUGCUGCAGAUGUGCUCAAAGGUGAAGCCAUCGACAUCGAGGCUUGUCAAGCAUACUGUCUCCUGGCGGCGUAUCCGGGUUCGUUGAAGAGGUUCGCCGAUGCGCGAAAUUGGUGGCUGAUAGCGACCGCCGUUCGGAUAGCGCAAGAGAUUGGACUGGAUCAGCCACCACCUCCAGAAUGCGAUAUGUUGGUACAGCUCAACCGCAUUCAGACUUGGUUCCGCAUCCUAUGCAUGGACGCCUCCGCGGCCAUUCAGAGCGGGGGACCACCGAUGGUGCAGUACGACGAUUGGCUUGCGCGUACUUCGCAUGCCUGGUGCAGGUGGCAGGAGACGCAUCCGCCACAUGUCGUCUUUCCCAGCCCGAGCUUAGAGAUCUUCACAAUUGUCAUAAAUUUCGAGAAGACAAUCACACAAUACGAGGCGCAAGAGGCAAGUGGACAUGUUAUCCAGCCAUUGUCAUACAUAAGUGACUCUGAUGCGGCGAUGCUUUGA